AUGAUGAGUUCUUUAUCAGCUGUUAGAAUUAAUAAUCAAGCUAAAAGUGCAAUUAUUUUCCUUCAUGGUUUAGGUGAUACUGGUAAUGGUUGGAGUUUUUUACCUCAAGUUAUACAACAAACUAAAUUGGUACAAGAACCAAUUAAUUAUAUUUUUCCAAAUGCUCCUUCAAUUCCAAUUACUGUUAACAAUGGUUAUAUAAUGCCUGGUUGGUUUGAUAUUUAUGAAUUUGGUAAUCCAAAUGCAAAACAAGAUAUACAAGGUUUUUUCAAAAGUUGUGAUGUUUUAAAGCUGUUAAUUAAAGAACAAAUUGAUAAAUAUGAUAUUAAACCAGAAAAGAUUAUAAUUGGUGGUUUUAGUCAAGGUGCUGCUGUAUCAUUAGCUACUAUAUCUUUAUUAGAUUUUAAAAUUGGUGGUUGUAUUGCAUUAUCUGGAUUUUGUCCAGUUAAAGAUGAAUUAAAACCAAAAAUUAACCUGGCCAAUUUUGAUACUCCGAUUUUUCAAGGCCAUGGUACAGUUGAUCCAAUUGUAAAUUUUGAUUAUGGUAAAAAAACAAGUGAAUUAUAUAAAUCAUGGGGUUUUAAAGACUUAAAAUUUCAUGAAUAUGAUGGUGUUGCUCAUAGUGCAAGUGAAGAAGAAUUAAUAGAUGUUAUUAGAUUUAUUAAAAAUAUAUUAGAGUAA